ACACGUUUAAUCCCGAUCACUGAUGUAAUUCAUAAUGUUGACAUUAUAUGACUUUGUCAUACACUGGAUUUUAUUUGCUUACCGCUCAUUCACCACAUGAUGUCGCUGGAGACCGUAGACAUGAAUGUGUGUAUAUAGCCUAUCCAAAACUCCUCCCUGGAUGGGAAAAAAUGAAAUCGUCAUCGGCCAUCAGUACACCCGCGGAAGGCGCUGUGACGAGAAGGGCAGGAGCUUCCACACUAUUACAUUUCUUUGUAAGGAAAUAUCUGGACUGAGGAUAAAUGAUCGACGGGGUUCAGUUGUUGCAUCAACAAUGUAUAUCCGAGGACAAAAGGAAUACGUCUGGAUUCACAUUGUUGUGUUCCUUUGUCUCUGUAACGGGUCUGCUUCGCAGUUAUCCUACUCGAUUUCCGAGGAGGUGAACAAAGGCACCGUAGUGGGGAAUAUUGCAAAGGAUUUAAACCUCAAUGUACAGGAACUGGAGACCAGGGAUCUACGUAUUGUUUCCAGUUACAGUAAGAAAUAUUUUGACGUGAAUUUGCGCACCGGGAACAUCUUUGUUGAUGAGAGAAUAGACAGAGAGGAGCUUUGUCCGAAUGUGGUGAAAUGCUCGUUAAAAAUUCAAGCCGUUUUAAACAACCCAAUGACUGCACACCGCAUAGAGGUUCAUGUUUUAGAUAUAAACGAUAAUUCGCCUGCUUUUAUUGAAAACACGUAUUCUCUGAAUAUUUCUGAAUCAUCUUUAACUGGAGAACGAUAUUUCUUCCCAAUAGCGGAAGAUGCAGACAUAGGCAGUAAUUCGGUGAAGACGUACAAGCUGAGCCAGAAUGAACAUUUCUCGCUUGAUGUGCAGAGCGGUGGAGAACACGGUGUGUCUGCUGAGCUCGUGCUGCAGAAAGCUUUAGACAGAGAGAAACAGUCAGUGAUCACACUUCUCCUGACCGCUGUAGAUGGAGGUAAACCUCCGAGAUCGGGUUCAUUACGCAUACAUGUUUAUGUCAUAGACGCCAAUGAUAACAUACCCACUUUUAGCAAAUCGCUGUAUAAAGCACGUGUACCUGAAAAUGCUGCACACGGAACAGUGGUGAUAAAGUUAAAUGCAACAGAUUUGGACGAAGGCAUGAACAGUAAGAUCCUGUAUUCACUGAUCAAACGAGGAAAUAUUGAUCAGUCAAAUAUUUUUGAUCUAGAUUCAGAAACAGGCGAAAUCACCGUGAAGGGAACAUUAGAUUAUGAAGAGACGCCUGCUUAUGAGGUCAGAGUUCAAGCAAGGGAUCAAGGCACCUCCCCUCGUAUUGCACAAGCUAAGGUGCUGAUAGAGAUAAUUGAUGUGAAUGACAAUGCCCCGGAAAUAUCUGUGACGUCACUCAUGACCCCCGUAAAAGAAGACGCAGAACUGGGGACAAUAGUUGCUUUGGUAACAGUCAGUGAUAAAGAUGGAGGGAACAAUGGUGUAACUAACUGUAAGGUAGUGGGGUCUGUUCCCUUUAAACUCAAGUCCAACUACAAAAAUGACUAUUCAUUAGUCGUAGAUGGACCACUGGACAGAGAAAACACUUCUCUUUACAAUGUCACUAUUACAGCCACAGAUGAGGGAAGUCCACCUCUGUCCAGUAUCAGGGUCAUUACUGUUCAUGUUUCUGAUGUCAANGCUGUAGAUGGAGAGACUGGAGAUAUAGUCAGCCUGCAGUCUUUUAACUAUGAGGAGUUGAAAACGUUUCAGUUUAAAGUUCAGGCCACAGACUCUGGUGUUCCUCCGCUCAGCAGCAAUGUGACUGUCAACGUUUUAAUCCUGGAUGAAAAUGACAAUAAUCCAACAAUUCUCGCGCCAUAUUCUGAGCACGGCUCCGUUAACAGUGAGAGCAUCCCCUAUUCUGCUGAAGCGGGAUACUUUGUGGCAAAGAUCAGGGCUGUAGACGCAGACUCUGGAUACAAUGCGCUGCUCUCUUAUCACCUCUCUGAGCCCAAAGGAAACAACCUCUUCCGCAUCGGAACCAGCACCGGAGAAAUCAGGACUAAGAGGAGAAUGAGUGACAAUGACCUGAAAACUCACCCCUUGGUGGUGUUGGUGUCUGAUAACGGAGAACCCUCCCUGUCAGCUACUGUGUCUAUUGAGGUGGUGGUGGUUGAGAGCACAGCUGACAUCCAGACUCAGUUCAGACAUGUGCCCAUAAAGGAGGACAGCUUCUCUGCGCUGAACCUCUAUCUGCUGAUCGCCAUUGUGUCGGUGUCAGUCAUCUUUCUGCUCAGCCUCAUCAGUUUAAUAGCUGUCAAAUGCCACAGGACAGACGGCACUUUCAGCAGGUACAGCGCCCCAAUGAUCACCACCCACCCUGACGGGAGCUGGUCUUACUCCAAAGCUACUCAGCAGUAUGACGUGUGUUUCAGCUCAGACACACUCAAGAGUGACGUAGUGGUUUUCCCCGCACCGUUUCCGCCUGUAGAUGCUGAGCUGAUCAGUAUAAAUGGAGGAGACACUUUUACCAGAACUCAGACUUUACCCAACAAAGAAAAGGUAAGAACAUAA